GCGCCCGGCAACAGUUGGUUGUCCCGUGCAAGAACAACCAUUGAACAGUGUUUCUCGACUUCGUCCGCGCCGACGGUACUGAAAAAUGAUCAAACUUCUCGUGGCAAUCGUUUGUUGCGUCGUGGCCGCGACGCCCGUGAUCCGGGCCGACACCAAGUAUACGAGCAAAUACGACGGCAUAAACAUCGAAGCGAUCCUGAAAAACGACCGUUUGGUCAACAUGUAUUUCCAAUGCAUAAUGGACACCGGGAUGUGUACGCCGGAAGGCGAUCUCCUCAAAAAAAUACUUCCCGAGGCAAUGGAAAACGGUUGCGCGAAAUGUUCGGAAAUACAAAAAGUUGGCACUGACAAAGUCUUCAAGUUUUUAAUGAAAAAUAAAAACGACUUAUGGAAACAGAUUGUGGCAAAAUAUGAUCCUCAAGAUAUCUACAGUCGACGUUACUCGGAAAAAUCGAAGGAUGCGAACGUUUGAUGUUGAACCAAAAUUAAAAACAGAUGAAUGCAUUGAAGUACAUGGCUUCUCGUCAAAUACCAUUUCGAUGAAAUUCUAUAUUUAUUGUGAUGUCCAUUGGAUUUAUAAUUUAUCAUUUAUUUAUUAUUUAUUUAUUUAGCGAUACUUUGAAU